AGACCUGGAGCAGAGCGCGGUGAGCAUCGAUCAAACGACACUCGAUGCGAUGGUAACCAGCACCCGCUGCACGAGCCACUAGUGCCACAGACUCCUAUGUGUAACAAUUGGUCGCCGCCGGAGCCCAAAGUGCUGAAGAGAACAAAAUGUUCCAUCACCCUAGACUGGCACAACGUGGAGCCGUUCCAAUUCAUCAGCGACGGGCUGCUCUACAGGCUGGAGAAGAAUGAGAAGAUACCUCCGUGGGUAGUUGUCUACAGAGGUGGCAAAACAUCAAAGGAGAUAGACAACCUGGCAUCGAGGCACUGCCACAAGUUCCGGCUGAGAGUGAUCGUGCAGGCGACGGCAGUGCCGAGCCUCGCAGCGCGGGCGCUGCAGUACUAUGGGGACGAGGCCGCUGUGUACGAGACCAUGAAGGGACUGGAAGAUAGCAAGGACAGCUGCGACACUCCUACUGAAGUCACCAGUGCAGUUGGCGCUGCAGUCACGGAGGCUGCUCCAUCUAGUGACAACGUUAAAGUACAAGCAGCAGAAGAUGAUCAGAAGCAAACUAAGUAAGUCGGUAGCAUACAGUUCGUAGCAAACAAUCAGUAUUCACAACUAUGACACGUACUCGUUUACCAUACUUCAUCUACAUUUACACUUAUGGUAUAAAGAGGAAAGAUUUGAUUUUUUGGUUGUUUGAAUUGAAUAGGCUCGAAACUACCGGACUGAUUUGAAAGAUUCUUUUACCGUUGGAAUCCUACAUUAUCGAUGAUGAACGUAACUAGGCUACAUUUAAUAACACAGAAAAAAGAGAACCGCGUGAAAAUUUCGAUAAUGUAACCCGAUGUGUGAAAAUACUACCAAAAAAUUCCUUCCUUUGACUGCCAAUAGAAAACUGUUUUCAAGGACUAAUAAUAGUAUUUAGCUUCGUCAGAAUCAAGGAUUUUAGAGAAAAAAUACAAAUUCAAUUAACAAAACAUAUUUUAUUCAUGGCAUGACUAGCUUCUGCCGACGGUUUCGCUCGUUCUCUUUUCAAAUAUUGAGGGCAGGUUUACAAAAGAUAAAAAAAUAAAAAAAAAAAAUAAAAAAGAUAAAAACGAAUUGGUGCCCAAUGUUUUGCUGGAGACAAAUAUGAUACCAAUUUUAGGUUUCUUGAAAAUUACGAAAUGCUACGUACAAACUUCCAUCCCC